AUGAAGUUGCAGUUGUUGACACGUAUCAAAGCAGAUGAGUCUAUGAUGAUACCGUUUCGCCGAUGGGAAUUGCACGAGCUACCAGCACUCACACAAGGAUCUACCAUAGAAAUCUGGUCCGUAAAGACAUGUUCUGCAUUGGACAGUCCAAGAUAUGUUAUAGUAUUUUUCCAAACGAAAAAAGCCGAUAAUUUGCAUGAAGACGUCACCUUGUUAGAUAAUGCCAACAUCAAAUCCAUACGAUUGGCUCUGAAUAGCGACUAUUAUCCGCAAGAAAGAAUGCUAUUGGACUUUUCCAAAGACCAAUAUGCUGACGCUCACUUCAACUAUACAGAGUUCAACAAGUGCUACCAUAACUGUCAAGAAAAGCGCUCUCUAGUAAACUUUGCCGAAUUCAAAUCCCGACCAAUGUUUGUUAUCGAUUGCUCGGGCCGCUAUCUGGGUCUAAAGUCGUCUACAGUUGACAUAAAUGUGAAGGUUGUCGAGAGAGCGAAUACUGCUUUGCCAGGAUCUCCUCAGACUCAAAGUAUUGCUAAAAUAACGAUAGAAAGCAUCAAUUUGAAAGUGCCACAUCUCACACCCAACGAUGACAUAAAGUUGCAGUUGUUGACACGUAUCAAAGCAGAUGAGUCUAUGAUGAUACCGUUUCGCCGAUGGGAAUUGCACGAGCUACCAGCACUCACACAAGGAUCUACCAUAGAAAUCUGGUCCGUCAAGACAUGUUCUGCAUUGGACAGUCCAAGAUAUGUUAUAGUAUUUUUCCAAACGAAAAAAGCCGAUAAUUUGCAUGAAGACGUCACCUUGUUCGAUAAUGCCAACAUCAAAUCCAUACGAUUGGCUCUGAAUAGCGACUAUUAUCCGCAAGAACGAAUGCUAUUGGACUUUUCCCGAGACCAAUAUGCUGACGCUCACUUCAACUAUACAGAGUUCAACAAGAGCUACCAUAACUGUCAAGAAAAGCGCUCUCUAGUAAACUUUGCCGAAUUCAAAUCCCGACCAAUGUUUGUUAUCGAUUGCUCGAGGCGCCAUCUGGGUCUAAAGUCGUCCACAGUUGACAUAAAGCCAAUUUUAGUCUGCUCGAUGGAAAAAACAUCGUGA